AUGUCGGGCAGCGAGGCUCCAGCCUUCAGCGAUGACUCGUACGACUGCAGCAACACCCCCGCGGGCGAGCGGGCGAGCGGGCCCAAGCAUUCUUCUCCUCCACGCUCCGCGUGCGCCGACAACCGGACGCGCAGCGAGAAGCGGACAGUGUUUGUCGCAAAUCUGCUUCUCAACCUGUGCGGGGUCGUUCUCUGGGCUGGCAUGCUGACAAUCAACGCAUUGUACGAUGGCAUCAUCAGCACAACGGGCUGGGAGUUGAGUCAGGUGUCGCUCCUCUUCACCCUGCAGGUCUUUACCUGCUUCCUAUGCUGCCCGUUGUGGGGGGUCGCUGCCUGCUACGUUUCGAUUCGCAGGCUGCUCGCCGGCGCUCUCUUUGCCGGCGCGGCUCUCAACCUCCUAACUGGCCUCGUCUAUCUGACGGACUCGUACGGCUGCUUCGCCGCACUGCAGAUCCUCAAGGGCAUCUGUCUCUCUCCUUGCCAAUGCCUGAACCGCGCGCUCAUCCCAAAGUACUACCGCCUCGCCGAGCGCGGCAAGUACUACGGCUUCCUUGAGGUUUCAGCCGGGAUCGGCGGGCUGGCAGGCGUCAUCUUUGGCGCCUCCUCGUACAUUGGCGGUGCCGAGGGAUGGUACGGGUGCGACACGGGCACGUCGAGCGACGAGAACGCCACCUUGUGCCCCGGGCUGGAUGGGCACAACGUCACUUCCGUAGACGUUGCAGACGAUGGCAGGUGCGACGGCGCACUGCCAAAGUGGUCUGUCCCCUUCUUCGUCCUCGGCGCCUUCAUGGUCCCAUGUGCCGUGCUCGUGCUCUACUUCGUGGUGGACCCCACGAAAGACGAGAAGCUACGCACGAGGCUCGGCCAGGAGAGGCUGAAGGCGAUCUUCCCCGGUCUCCGUGAUGAGGACACGCGGUUGAGCUUUGGCCUCGUCCGCUCCAUGUUUGGGGUAAAGACGUGGAUCUUCAUCGUGCUCCAGGGCGUGACGGGCGCCUUCCCGUGGCCCGCGAUGAGCCUGCUACUCUACUGGUUCCAGCUCCUCGACAUCAACCCCUUCCUUGCCAUCCUGGUGUCGGCUGGCCCCGCAGCCGGCGCAGCCAUCGGUGGCGGCAUCGGAGGCUGCAUAGGCGAUCGGCUAUACCGGACCUGGUCCAAAAAGUACGCACGCACGGCGGUGAGCCACUUUUCCGUGGUCGUCGGGCCCUUCCUGAUGAUCAUAAUGUUCUUCGUCUUUCCGCAGCGGGAGGAGUCGUGGUGGAUGUUUGGCCUCUACGGCCUCUUCGCGGGCAUGUUCAUCUCCUGGUCGGCGCCAAACAACAACGCCAUCCUGUCGGACGUGUUCCCCGAGGCCACCUUCCCGCUCGCGUACGGCGUCGCGCAGCUGGCGGAGGGGUCCGUCUCGGCGUGGGCACCAUUUGCCGUUGCGGUCAUCGCCGAGAAGGUCUUCGACGUGGGAGAGCUCCAGAAUUUCGACUGCAAGUCGGACGAGGAGAAGGAGGACGAUGCCAGGGGGCUCAGCUUAGCCAUCUUCUCCGUCUGCUGUGUCGGCUGGGGCAUGUGCGGCGUCGUCGUCACUGGCUUCUACUUUUAUUACCCGUCAGAGUCCAGAUCGCUCCAGGAAACCGCGACGUCUCGGCUAUCUGCGGGAUCAACCGAGCCCGAGCUAUCGCCGGACAACCCGUCUUCGUUUUCGCAAGAGCUGCCAGUGUCGCCCUCUCGGGCAGAUACGCCGGGGGUACGGCCAGUCGCCUCGCGAGUAUGA